GGAAUUCGAACGAAGGUUGUGGUUGGAGCGUGAAGUUAAAGAAUAAAGGUGUGGUGGCGGCACAGAGUGAAAGAUCAUGAGCCCAGCGUCACAUCCUCGUAUUUAUGUGGAAAGAACGCUGGCGCUGAUUAAACCAGACGCCGUGGACAGGACAGAGGAGAUUGAGGACGUUAUCCUUAAAUCAGGCUUCACCAUUCUGCAGAGGAAGACAGUGCAACUGAGUCCACAGCAAUGCAGUGAUUUCUAUGCCAAGCAGUAUGGAAAGCUCUUCUUCCCAAGUUUAACUGCUUUCAUGAGUUCUGGUCCCAUUGUCGUCAUGACGCUUGCCCGGAACAAUGCCAUUGGCCAUUGGAAGGCCAUCAUAGGGCCUGUCAACAGCGCCAAAGCUAGAGAAACUCAUCCAAACAGCCUCAGAGCAAAGUUUGGCAGUGAUGACCUGAGGAACGCACUCCAUGGCAGCAAGUCCUUCAAUGAUGCUGAAAGGGAGAUCAAAUUCAUGUUCCCACACUCUCUGAUAGAACCCCUUCCAACCAGAGAAGCAACCACAGAGUACCUGAACACAUAUGUGAACCCAGUCCUUGUACGUGGACUCACUGAACUCUGCAAGAACAAACCACUUGACCCCCUUGUUUGGCUUGCAGAAUGGCUGGUCAAACACAACCCAAACAAGCCUCAAGUAAAUGAUGGCGCCAUUCUGUAAGAUGCAAAAUGACUAUGACUAUGUGAGAUACGCACGUUAGAAUACAUAAUUUCAAAGUCAU